AUGGUUGAACAAAAUACUAGUUUGGUGGAUAAUGAAUUUGUAUCAAAAUCAUACUUUGUCAGUAAGGAGAUUACCAAUCAAUUAAAGGUUGAAAAUAGUGAGGAAUCAAAGAAUGUCAUUGCAGAGUUGAAUAUUUAUUUAUUUAAAAUUUCAAUUUUAGGAAAUAUUCACAGUACUAUUGAAUCUCAAUAUAAACAAGUGAAACAACAUAGAGGUGCACUUGAAAAGGUAUUUAAAGGAAAAUCCAAUGAAAUUUAUAUUGUUAAAUUAUAUGAAAUGUUUGGUGAGAGAAGAUGUCAAUUCUAUAAUAUGGGUAUUUCAAUUUUUAGAGAAGUUUUAAUUAAUCGACCAAUUUCAUUAUAUACUGUUGAGGUUUUUGAAGCUAUUUUCAAAUUUAUGGAAAAGGAAACAAUGUAUGAUGAUAUUAAACCUCUAUUAACUAAAUUACAAACAGGUGAAGUAUUGCCAACUUUACAAAUGUACAAGAGCAUUUGUAGUAAUUUAUACAACAAUAGAACAUCUAAAUUAAUUUAUUCCUUCUUCAAUUUGGUGAAGGACACAUUCAAAGAUGAAUUAUUUACAAAAGGAAAUUGGGAAAAAUACACAAGAGACAUGUAUGCCAAUUCAUUUGUACUUGAUGUAGAGGCUCUUCCAACUAAUUUGUUUGAAAAUUUCAAAGUAUUACUGGCGGAUACUCAAAAUGUAGAACCACUAUUUUUCUAUAAUCAUCCAUUGGUAUUUAAAUCUAUUAUUAAUGCUAUCAGAAUCAUGGACAAGGAUCAACUUGCACAGAUUUUCCAAAACAUUUUAAAUAAUGGAAAUAUCAAUCAAGUUUAUAUAAGGUUAUUCCUUGAAUUUUUGAAUGAAGAUGUGAAUAUAUUCGAUCCUUCAGUUCAAUCUAAAAUUCCUGGAGUUGGUAAAUAUAUUGAUAUCUUUGAAGUCGCCCAUGAUUUGGUAGGGUUGAGUGGAGUUACUGAGGUUUUGGAAAUUCAAAAUUGUCUAUUGAAAUAUUGCUUGAUUAAGGAAAGAUUUGAUAGAGUUGAAACAAUUUUCCAUCACAUUGGAAAAUUUAACGAGGAAACCUUGAUCAUUAUGUUUAAUAUUUUCGAAAAGACUGGUAAUUAUAUUGAUGCUAAUUUAUUAAUGAGACGUGCCAAGACUGAAGAGUUCCAAUUCACAAAAGAAGUUGUGGCAGCAUACUUUAAGGCAAUGAUUGCAGCUAAGAGAGAUUGUUUGGAUGAAUUUAUUCAAUUCACACAAGUUUACACAUUUGUGAGGUUGGGUGAUGAUGUUUUCAAAUUAAUUUAUCACGAGCUCAAUAAUAUUAAGAAAGGUUUAUUAAAAGAAACAGACAACAAAAUCAAAUCAAUUUUGGAGGAUUAA